UGGUGUUGAAGUUUGGGGCAAUACAUACUUCACAAGGAUAAGACCGCUGAUUAUGUUACAAAAAAUUUAAAACGCAUACAAUAAAAUGUACCCCUCGCCACAGGAGGGCGCCAGAGUCUCAGUCAGGAAGUUAAGUCACAUUACCCUCUUAUUUACUAAGUUUAUCAAACUAAAUAAGCUACAAAACACAUGGUGAAACAAACCUAAAAAAAGAAAAGACCAAAUAUAGAGAGAUUGUUUAAAAAAAAACCUUUAAACAAAUUUAAUUCCACAAAAAGUGUCAAAAAUUAUGCAUCUGGGUCCCUCUCAAAACUAUUUACAACAUGACCUCUCUCUCGGCUCCUAAUUGCUUAACCAACUCUGUGGGUUUAAAUAACCCCGAGGGUCCAUCUGCAGCACGUCUCAUUAUCAUUAUCAUCAUUAUCUUACAGGCUAUAGUCUAACAACAACAACAACAAUCACAAAAGAUACAAAAUUGAGGACAUGGCUACUAUAUCCGGUGUUUUUUUUUUAUCAAGCAGGUGACAGGUGACAAGUGGGCGGGGCUGGCUUCGGCUCGUGCGGUCUGCUGUUCACUGAUAGAGCUCGUGUCCUCGCUCUGCUCGUUCUGCCUGCAGAUGAAUGUUCAUGAGCAACAUGAAAAGGAAAAAAAAGGAUUAUUUUCUCUUUUUUGGGUUUUGACCUCCAGAGCUGUCCUGAAGAGAUUUUCCUGACUUCCUCAAAGAUCCUGUUACACAGUGGACUGGAGCUACCAGCCUGACUCCUGCUGGUUUUACUGGUUGCAGUUUUGUAGAUCAUCACUUUUAGAGGACCCAAAGCAGCAACACACACUGUGAGUAUAUUCUGAAUGCCCUGUAUGUACUGUAUUUAUUUUAGUGUAGGGUUAUACAAAAUUUUACAUUAAAACUGCACCAAAAAAUACUAUUUUAUUCAAUGCUAUAAAAAAUAAUAUAAUACAUUAUGACAGAAUAUAAUUCAGUGAAACUCAAAAUACUUUAGUUUGAUAUAAUUUAUUCUUACAAAGUGAAUUAAUGCAAUAAAAUAUUAAUUGAACAACCUAAAUGAAAUAAUAUGUUGUACUGCAAUGUAAUGCUAAAAGAUUUGAUGCAACAAUGGAAUAUGAUAUAGGAUAAAUAGUAUAAUAUCAAAAAUAUAAUGUGAUAUAACCAGAGCCAGCCCAAGCCUCAAUGGGGCCCUAAGCAAAAUUUGAUUUUGGGGCCUUCUAUUUCUGUCAAUAAUAUUGAUUGUUGAUCAUUCACACACCUUCUACAGUAUAAAUUUAAUGUGCCUGACAUGUCUUUACAUAUGUAAGGGGUUGGCCUAGGUAAUAACAUAAAUAAUACCAAUGCAACCAUACAAAUAAUAUCAAUGAAUGACCUAUGAGUGAUGUUCAGGGUGCCACAUACGUUCUUUAAUCUCAAAAUGUAACACAUUCAGGUACAAGAGCGGCCUGGGGUUGAUUUUCACAACAUUAUGAGAUGAGUGAUAAAGCAUUGUGUUCACUCUAAAAGUGCCAUCGGCAGUAAGAAUCAAAGGCCUACAUCAGCAGCAGCACUAAAAUAUUUUUUGUUUAAUUUUAUUUUUAAGAUAAUAUAUGUUUGAUCGUACAGAAAGCAUCUCUCAUACAUGCAAAAAAAUAAUUUUUUUAAUGCUCUUGGGGGCCCCCUACUGGCCGCAGGGCCCUAAGCAGGCGCUUAGUUCGCUUAUACCUUGGGCCGGCUCUGGAUAUACCAUAAUAUCAAUUAUAAAUUCUUGUAUAAUACAACAUUAUAUGUAACCUGUAUAUGUACAUAUAUGUAUAUAUAUGUAUACCAUUAUAUGUGUUUUUCUGGUGACCCUCAGCAGCUCUGCCCGUCCCACAACAUCAAGCGACUCAAACCAACGACAGAGAGGGUACAACCCACUGUAAAGGAGCAGGAGGCGCAGAGGGAGGAUGCUGCCCUACACUGACGACCUGACAAAGGUAAGACCCGAAGAUGAAGAAGAAAAAGAGGAAGAGGAAGAGGAAGAGAAUCAGUCUGCUCCUCUUCAACUAUCUCCUGAUACCAUGACAUCCUCAAAGGACGACCCCGGCGCCCAAUCAGAUGCUGCCGCCUCAUUCAAUCAGUACAUUAGCUCUGACUCAGGAGAGGAGAUGGCGGCCACACUCUCAGACUCUAAUAGGUUGCUGUUACCCACGUCACGUAAAGUGGAGGAGGAGCACGAUGAGGCGGAGACCCAGGCGGUUGCUUCCUCUCCUGACGGACGAUUCCUCAAGUUUAACAUCGAAAUCGGACGAGGAUCCUUCAAGACGGUUUACAGAGGACUCGACACAGAGACCACGGUGGAGGUGGCCUGGUGUGAGCUGCAGGUAGGUUAGUUUUAGUUCUGAUUUAGAUUUGAUACGCAUCAGCUGGCACGUGCAGGAGCGACCUGACUUGUUGCAGGAAUUGUUGCAGGACUUUCGCUGGACCUGUGACACAAACCAAAACAUGCAUUAAACUUACGGAUAACACUUUAAAGCUUCCUCAGGUUGAAAGUUUAAUGACUCUCUGUUGACAUGAGAGAGUCAGGGUAUAUAACCUUUACUGCAACCAGUCAGCAGGGGGAGCUCUGACUACUUCAGCUUCAUUACCACUUCAUGACCACAGUUUGAGUGCUGUUAAACAAUCAGGUGCAAUUUUUGUGCAAUUCAGGUAGAGAUAUGUUUAUAGUUUUAGUAUAGUUCAGGAAGAAGUUAGUCAGGUAUUGAUUAGAAAAGCCCCACUGCACAAUGCAACAUCAAGGUGACAUCUAUUUAAUGUAUUUUUUUGAUGAUGAGGUACAAAUGUGGACGUCAUUUCAACGUCUAAAAGAGGUCCGGAGGGGUUGGUUCAAUGUUUUUUCAGUGUAGUUAUGUUGUAGUUUAGAAUACAUUACAUAACAAUACAAUAUAAUAUAAGAACUUAAUUGAUCCCACAUCCUCUAUUUUGGUGCAGUUUAGAUGUAGUUUUGUAGGGCAGCUGACCUUUGAAUGAAUCUCUGGUGAGAAUAUUUGGUUAUCCUCCAUUAAAUCUCAGUAAGUUUAAGUUAAGUUUAAGUUAAGUUUAGUUUAACUUAAAAAACAGGCUAUCUCUUACAGCUUACAGCCUCUUUUCUAGCCAGUCUGCAGAGUGUACUUUGGCUCAGAGUGGGACCUGCCCACAGCUCCACCCUCAGGUCAAACAGCAGGAUUAUUGUUUACAGUGUGCAGCUACAGCAUUAAUGUCAUAUCAAAGUGCUUUUAAUAACCUUUUAAUUAAAGUUAGCCCAGUCAUCAUGGUGGCCGUCUCUAUCGCCAUGGUGACUGAGCUGAUUAAAAAGGUAAGACUGAACCAAACAACAGGAGCCUGAGACAGGAAGAGGACAUUCUUAACUGGACCUUCCAAAAUAAAAUGGGCCUCACAACGAGUAAAGAAACUUAAAGCACCACGUGGAACAAAAAAUGAGUAAAUUAUAAAGACAAUAGUGACAAAAUGAAAUCAAGAACAGGAUAGUUACUUUAUUAUUCAUGGAGACUUCAGACUACAUAAGUUGCUUUGCAAGAGUGUGUUAUCUGGGGUCACAGCAUUUCAGAUUUUAUAGUUAUAUUGGACACUGACUGAGAGCUGUGAUUGGCUGAGAACGAGGAAGUGUUUGAUUAAACAUUUAUUACUCUGAAGAGUAAAUAUUUAACACACACAUGAACUGGAAUACUUUUCAAUCAUUCUUUUGGAUAGCUGCAGGUGUGUCUCACCUCCACUGCAGGAUUUGUUUUCAGACUGAUUCAAGGGACUUAAAAUUCAUGCCAAAGGUGCCAAAAACAAAAGCACAAUGGGAGCAAAUUUGUUUCUUUUGAAGUGGGGUUGUAGAGGCAUAUUAAGUGCAUUUGUUUUUGAUAAAUUUUAAAAAUGUAGUCAAAAGGUGUGGUAAAAAUUGACCCAGUCUGCAGCCUCUGAUAGCCAAGCUCUCAUGCCAGUUUUCAACCCAGUUUCUUAACAAAGGAACCAAACUCACCAGGAUCCCUGGUGGGUGAUACACUUACUGAUGACAAGUUGAUUAUACCUCAUACAACAACAUUUGAAAUAUAUAUACAUUUCUGUAGGAGUACCCUGGGACAUGAUCUAAAGAGUUCUCCAAACAGAUGCUUUAAGGCAUCUUGAAGGGUAUCCUAAGACAGAUCCCAGAGGUACCUUCAAACGAAAAACCUAUCCAGACUGAAGGUGCCUUCAAACUCACACCUAUGCCGAGGUCAGGCUACACGAUUCCAGCACAAUUUUAGCUUAAUCCAACAGUUCUAGGGUGUCAACAGUUGAUCAUUUUGUCUCGUGGAGUGUCGUCAUAGUGAUCUGCAUUUUAACAUCUGCAACACUACACUAAGCUGAUUAGAAACUGCAUAUCAGAUCGUCAUCUAUCCCUGUCUCUCUUCUUUCCAUCAUCCUCUUAUUAGUCUCGAUAUCUGGUCAUGUACCAUUGUCAGACCACAGUCUGUCAUGUGAUCGUCAGUUUUCAUUCAGUGACUGAUGUGACAGAAAGAGGAUCAUGAAGUCUGAUCUUGGCAUAUGGGUGCCAGAGUGGAACACUUAGCAUACCCCAGACCAUUUGCUAAAGAAGACCUUUACAAACAAGACCAUGUGUCAAAGAAAAAAAUUAGUCAUCGGAACUUAAGCUACCUUAACACUGGCAUUGGGAGACUUAGGACUGACACUUGGCACACCUUAAAACUGUUGGUAGUGGUACCCUGGCACAGACUUUAAAAGAUCAUGAGGGGUGACUGACAGAAGCUCAGACGCUGAAUAGGUAAUUAAAAUGUAAAACCGCCUGUUUAAAAGGAAAGUUCUUAAGUAUAAGUGCCUUUAUGCUUUAGCCAAAUGUUUGAUGAUGUUAUGUCUCUGAUCCUGCAGUGGAGGCUGUUUGCUAUUGGCUGGCUGUUGUGACAUCAUCACAUCACACUCAUUAGUUGUAUUAACUUGAACAGAAAAUUAUGUUGACCUUAACUAUGAAGAUAGUCUUUGUGUGUGUGUGUGUGUGUGUAUGUAUAGAUAUAUAUAUAUGUAUGUGUGUGUGUCAGUGACGUAAUAUCAGUAGUGACUCAGCAGUUUGCUGUUCUGCACACACUAUCUGAUUUGACACUUGGCUGCUGGUUGAUGUUGAUAGCAGAGUGCGCGCACACACACGCGCGCACACACACAUGCACACACGCACACAUAGACACACAUAGUGUCAAAGGUGGAGUUGAUGUUUCUCAACCUGUGGCCUGGGGUCUCACUAAAAGCUCACAAAAUGAUAUAGACUGAAACACUGAGUUAAUUCUUUCACAUUUGUAUUUUCUGACUUUAAAUUGUAAACCUCACACUCUUGAAUACAACAUUUUGCCCAACUGAGUCCAUACUGCUUGUAUAGUUGGCAGUUUUGAACACAGUCAUUGACUAGUUAUAGUUGACCUCUAACCCUCAGACUCAUCGACUGACCAAAGCAGAGCGCCAGAGGUUCACUGAGGAGGUAGAGAUGCUUAAAGCUCUGCAGCAUCCCAACAUCGUCCGAUUCUUUGACUCCUGGAAGGCGACACUCAAAGGUCAUAAAUGCACCAUCCUAGUGACAGAGCUCAUGACGUCAGGGACCCUGAAGACGUGAGUCCACUAUGAAAGCCUGUUCCUCUGGACGUAGAGUCGAUCUAUACCUGUACCUGACUCUUCUUUAUUCUAAUGGUGUCCCCCAGGGUAUCAUUCUAGUCCCCAUUAAAUUCUCAAACACAGCAGAUAUCUUUCCUGUUUAGCCUGUGCUGUUUUCAGUUGUACUCAAACCUCACACACUCAAGCCCCUUAAUAACUCAUCUUGACUUGUUUGUCUGUUUUUUUGCUGUUUGUCACCUUUAAAUGCCUCAGGUACCUGCGCAGGUUCCGUCAGAUGAAGCUCAAGCUUCUGCAGCGAUGGAGCUUUCAGAUCUUGAAGGGGCUGCAGUUCCUGCACACACGCUGCCCACCCAUCAUGCACAGAGACCUCAAGUGUGACAAUGUCUUCAUCACUGGUCCAUCAGCCUCAGUCAAGAUCGGAGACCUGGGCCUCGCCACACUCAAGAAGGCGUCAUUCGCCAAGAGCGUCAUUGGUAAGAACACAGCAAUUACAGUGGGCUGUUAGGCUCAAAAAUGUAGUGAUUGUUAUUUUUCACAUAUGCUGUGUCUGUUUUGCAUUCAGGGACCCCAGAGUUCAUGGCUCCAGAGAUGUAUGAGGAGAAGUAUGAUGAGGCCGUGGAUGUUUAUGCUUUUGGCAUGUGCAUGCUAGAGAUGGCAACAUCUGAGUAUCCAUAUUCGGAGUGUCACAACGCCGCCCAGAUUUACCGCAAAGUCACAAGCGUAAGGCUGCACCCCCCUGAAUUCUGACAGCUGCCUGAUACUUUCCUUUUGUCUGACUGUUUGUUUGGCUUUCAGGGAAUCAAACCCAAUAGUUUCUCCAAAGUGAAAGUCCCAGAGCUGAAGGAGAUUAUCGAAGGCUGCAUACAAACUAACAGCAGCGAGAGGUAAUCUGAUCGUUCACAGCACAGCCUUCAGACUUCAUGUUCACCCAAGCAUUUAUGAAAAAAAGCACCACCUGACGCUACCUACACAAACUGCAUUUCUUUAUGAAUAUCUUUCACCCCGCAGGUUCACAAUCCAGGACCUGCUGGAUCAUCGGUUCUUCCAGGAGCAGCUCGGGGUCCACGUGGAUCUGGCUGAAGAUGAUGAUGGCUCAAAGGCAGCUCUGAAGCUCUGGCUGAGGAUGGACCCUAAUAAAAAGCUGCAUGGGAAGUACAAAGACAAUAACGCCAUAGAGUUCCUGUUUGAACUCUACAAAGAUAUCCCUGAGGAGGUGGCCCAGGAGAUGGUACUUGAAAUGCUACAUUAUCGACGUUGUCGCAGUUAUGUCACCUGGCAGAGUGACUCACCUGUCUCUGUCUCUCUUCAGGUGGUGCUGGGGUUCCUUUGUGAGGCAGAUUAUAAACCUGUUGCAAAGGCAAUCAGACACAGAGUGACUGCCAUUAAGCGCCAGCGGGAGGAAAAGCGCCGGCAAGAGGAACAGCAACGCUUGUCAGAAGAUGCUCUGACCAACCAACAGGAAGCUGCCAAGAAAGCCGAGUCUGAUCCCGCCUCCAAACCACCAGAACUGUCCAGUCAGAGACCUGCAGCUUCCACAUCUGCUGCAACUAGGAUGACCAAUCAGGUCAGGUCUCACAGAUCAGGACGUUCACAACAUAAUGAUAUUGACAAUAACCAUAAAAAUUGAAUAUUGAUAUUGUGCUGGAAAUAUGCUAAGCCGUUGCUUCAUGCAUGCUUCUAAACAGCAGGAAUCAGCAGCUGUCAGUGGCCAUAAUCCUCACUGGAUGCAGGCCAAACCCUCAACGACAGCAACAUUAUCAAGGAGCAGCCCGGUAGAUUCUGGGUUCAGCAGCGUCUCCAGCAAGGCAGAUGGAGACGAAGAAGACGACAGGACCACCAAGCAUGUAUCUCAAUCCCCGGCCACACGUAAGGAAACUAGAUCAUUUUACAUACACAUACAAAAAAGUGACUUAGAAACUUAAAAAUGUGAAUUUCAUUGUCUGUUUUUUAGUUGCCACCAGACAGGACUCUGAGAAGGAAAGCUCUCUCAGCUCCCCAAGCGUUCCAGGGAAGGUUGAAGCUACGCCACCACAUGUUGCUAACUCCGCCACCACCUCUUCUAUCCCCACCCCUGCUCAAGUGGCUUCAGAAGCUCCUUGGCGCAAAGCUCUCCCUUUUCCCAAGCGGACUCAUUCCAAACCUCCACCUCUUCCUGUUCUGCGUUUUCCCAGGGUAAGUAGAGGGCGGGACUUGGGUAAAGACAGGAGUUGAUGCUACCUCAGGUUGGUGACAGUUUCAACCGGUUUACAGGCUAACUGGUGUAGACAGAUACAGGCCAAUAAAUCACAUGUUUGUGAGGCUUUGGUCAGUGGUGUUUGGUGGUUCUCAAAAGGGCAAAAUAAAGUCUGGGUCUGGUUAAACAAAAGAAGAAAAGCCAGGAUCCCCUUUAAAUAUUACCCAUCACCACUGUAUCCGUAAAGGAAUUGUUCAACUUUUAAUGAUCAUGUUAUCCCUUUGUGAAGCUGCGUCUGUCUCCCUCUAGAGGAAAGGAGUAGUACUGAUAUAAAAGCUUCGAAUCAACUUCCUCUUUUAUCUGCACAUGUGACCCAUGAAAACGAUCAACCCUCUGUGUCUUAACUUUUUUUCUUUUUGCCCUCGAUUUUUCUCCAGAGCAUUGCUGUAUCCCAAAAUACUGAGCAACCCAAAUCUAAAUCAGUCUCUGGCUUCUCCUCACCUGUUGACAGGUAACACAGAAUAUUUUUCUGCUGGUUUGCUUGAUCGUAUGACUUUAAAGGGAUAACACGGCAUAAAUUAAUGCAGGAUCAAACACACCGUAACACCAAGUUAGACACACCCCCGAGAGAUGAAUGUUGCUGACUGUUGCUUCUGCUUCAAACCUCAAACAAAACGCCACUCUGUAGCCACAAAUAAUGCUCAAAACAGCACCUAACUUCAUCAACAGUACAUAUAGGGUCCCAGCCAUAGCACUAGCCACCAAACAUCUUUUUAGUUUUGCUUAAUUUCUUUAGCAAAGAGACUCACACACUCUCCUCAAGCAGCUGCUUGUUAGUAGCAAGACCUCAGGCCAGGGGUGACGCAGCUCAAGGAAGAACAUUUAUGAUCAUUUCUUUAUUAUUUCCUUGAAGUAAAAAUCCUCAUAUCAAUCAUUUUGCACGGCAGACGCAGUUCUUCUGCCUUUGCGUCUCGGUCUGAUUGCAUUUCCAUGAAGAAAUGAUCAUAAAUGUUCUUCCUUGGGCUGCGUCACCCCGCUGUAGUCCAUAAUGGACUGCCUGAGGUCUCGCUACUAACAAGCAGCUGCUGGAUGAGAGUGGGUGAGUUGUGUUUCAAAAUCAGGCAAAGCUAAAAAGAUGUUUGGUGGCUAGUGCUGUGGCUGGGACCCUAUAUGUACUGUUGAUGAAGUUAGUUGCUGUUCUGAGCAUUAUUUGUGGCUAUAAAUUGGCGUUUUGUUUAAGGUUUGUGUGUGUUGCUCUUCAGACUGCUGUGUAUUGCUAUCCUGCGGUCGUUACUAAAGUUGGUAUAACUAGAGAAGCAAGAAGUCGGCAACAUUAAUCUCUCGAGGGGGUGUCUAACUCUGUGUUAUGGUGUGUUCGACCCUAAAUUAAUUUUACGCCGUAAUAUCCCUUUAAGGUAAUAAAUGCUAUCAUAACGUGUCCUCAUUGAUGAAUCUCUGCCUACAGAAAGAGAGUGUACGAACUGAUCCCAGAAUUCACAAAUGUAUAUUGCCUUUGAUUUCGAUGUUGAAGCUGCUUUUGUCGACUCCACUUUGCAUUGUUUAUUGUUCUUUUUUCUGUAGCUACGCCUCUGAUGUGACCUCUGGUCUCAGUGACGGCACUGAUGGCCAAUCAGACAGAGGCAACAAGGAAAAGCCCAGACGAACAGCUUCACAGCAGUUUAAGAGGAAAGCGAAAGCUCGUCUAAGAAUUACGGGGGUAAAAACCUGUCAUAUCAGCUGAAUAUCUACAUUGAAUGAAAAUGUGUAAAACAUACUGCUACAUGUUAAAAGAUCUGGUGUGUUUGUUGGAUUGUGUGUGUGUGUAUGUUUAGGUCUCAGAACUGCAGGACCGGGUAGUUGAAUGUCAGCUGCAGACUCAUGACAGUAAGAUGGUGACAUUUAAGUUUGACCUGGAUGGGGACAACCCAGAAGACAUCGCCUCUGUGAUGGUGAGCACUGACAGCCAAUCCAAGGGCGGACAUAUCUUGCAUGGCUCAACUUUUGUUACAAUCUAUUGGUUUCACCUCUUAAACACCCUGCUGAAGUAAACUGGUAUCUCACUGCAGAAUCAACAGUAUAUUUAUUGUUGUAUCCACAGAAAUAGUUCCAUCACUGCACACAAAGUCUAGGCCAAGUCGAGAAUUGAGUCUCUUUAGAGGCUGUGGACCUUUUUGUUCAACUCUAUGCUGGAUGAAGUUUUUCACCUUAUUCUCUGUUUCCACUCUAAGAUCCAUAGAGACUUCAUCCUGCGAGAGGAGCUACAAGACUUCAUCGCCCGCAUGUAUGAAAUCAUUACAAAGGCGGAGUCUUUGAUUAUUGAACAGCAGCGGGCCGACAGUGAGACGUCAUCUCGGGUGACAGACCCCACCCUAGAAGAACCCACUGUGAGUUUAAAAAGCUUUGCUGUGAAGAUGAAGUCUGUCUUUGGGUCCAAGCUCAGCUAAACAGCGACAUCUGGUGGUGACAUAGAAUAUGACAGCCUUGAAUGAGUUGGGCCAAAGUCUAAUAAUGAUUUGAUUGAUGAUUUUUAGAAAAUGUUCUCAUAAAAAAGUAAAGAAAGACUGACAAACCUUUGACCCGUUUUAACACUGUUGUUCAGUUGAUCUAAGUCUAUGUAAAUCAAUCUAUGUCUCUUUUUAAUUAAAGCAUAUCGAAUGAGGAAGAUGAUUGGGACAGGACUGUUUAUAUCUUGUAACAGAUCUAAUCCCAGGGACAAAAAAUCAAGAAGAAUCCUUUUAAAAUCUGAUCAGAUGACCUCAGACAUCUUUUGAGUUUAUUUUUUAAAUUUUCCUGUUUAUCUGGAAAUAGAAUGAUUUCACCUUUUGUCUUAAGACACUUCAUGCAUCUCUUUCCUCUUGUAUUACUUUCAUUUUAAGAAAUUAUUCUCAUUAUCCUCAUUAUGAUAGGAUUUGAAGUUUGUUUUUCAAUAAAUGAGAAAUUGUUUUUGUUGCAUUAACAGUAAAAACAAGUUACACUCCUGGUUGGUGCUGGUUAAGAUCUUGGCUUGGGCCCUUCUUUUGUGGCGUUUCUGUGCUUCUGUAAAUACUCUGGAUUUCGCAUCUUUACACGCCCAUGCUUGCUGAGUUAAUGGGUGACCCCGAGUUACCUACCUACCUUAAUUUCAUCCCAUUAUUUUCAGCCAAUCCCAGCAGCCCAGGCCCUCUCCAGAAGCUUGUCCUCAUCUUCACUUCCUGGUAAGAGAAAAGAAAGGGGCCAUUUUUUCAGACACUUGAUAGUAUGGGAAAAGUUACAGAGUUGAAACUUUAAAUCAGGAAAAAGGUGAUGAGGUUGAGCUGCAUCCUUUACCGUCAGAUUUAUCCCUACACAGGUGUUUUCAUCAGGGUGUCCUUUUUCAGAUGCUGCAGAUUCUGACCCUUCCCCUUCAAAGUCCAGAGAAUCCUACACUGACUCUGAGGUCUUACCUUCCAUGAGACCACAGAGGUCACAGUCCUUCCACUUGGCAUCAGGUACAGAAAUCCUACCUGUUUAUACAUGGGCAGCAAAGUCCUGUACUUCACUUUAAACAGUCUUCUAUUUUAUUUGCUCUAGCUAGAGUCAUUUAAUAUUUUUUAUAUUAGUAUUAAGUCAAACUCCAGUCUGUUUAUUGACACCCACCAUUACCAAUUCCUUCUCUGACUCUCUUUCCAGCUUCAGCCCAGCAGACUCCCCCAUACCCUCCCCAUUACCCCCAUCCAGACUCUGCCCCUACUCCCCUCUCACCAUUUCCUCCUCGUCCUGCCUACCAACUCCAAUCUCCCCCUUACUCUCCUUACAGCUUCUCAGCCCAAAGCCCCUCCUCUGGCCUUGCCCGAGCACAAAGUAAUCCUUCGCUUUUCAAACCUCCAUCUCCCUCUUCAGUUCCUCCUCCUUCUCAGUGGCACCCCCCUGACCAACUUCCUCCUCAGUGGCCUCCCUCUGACCAGCCUCUCUUCUCUCUGGCUAAUGUACUCUCUCUUGCCAUGAGCGUGGCCCACUCCUUCAUUCCCCCUCCUGGAACCCAGAACCAGGGGUAUAACCCCCAGCUUCAACCUGUGUUGCCCAAUUAUCUUCCCCCUCAAGCUGCCCGCACUCCUCCCAUGUCUCCUCAGCUGGGCUCCAAACUUCAUUCCCAAAGCCCUACCUCCUUUUCUGAUCCUUUCUCCUCCCAGCCUUCUUACACUCCCCCCACACUGCAGGCAGGCUCCAACUCUGAUUCCCUGAAGGCGGUGCAACCUGGCUGGAUCCCAGACACACUGAAGGAAGGGGAGCAUCAGGGACAGGUGAGCUUUUGGGGCGGUUCUUGUUUUGACCAGGACAGAGAAGGCAGUGAGGUGUUUCCCUUGCAAAUCGAUAAGGAUGAAAUCUAGAUGUCUAGAACCAGUUUUACAUUCACUUAUGGUUCCUGCACCACAUCCUGACGAGUUCUGGUUCUAGAAGAACUUCGGGAAUACCUUGUUCAGCCUAAACUUAGAUAUGAGGAAAUGGAUGAAUUAAGCCUUGAGACUGUGCAGAUAUUUAACCAUCUAGAUGUCCCUCAAGCAUAUGGAUGAUCAUGAGAGUGAGCACUGAUUUGUUUCUGAUUUGGGGAUUUUGUGAUUGACUUAUAAAAAUUGUUGGCAAAUGGACAAUCAGGCCUGACAUUGUGCCAUUUGAAUUGCGUUUACAUGGGCACAAAUAAUCGGAAUAAAUGACUGAUCGGAAUAAAAAUGUGUCAUGUAAACAUGUUGAUCGGAAGAUUCCGAUCCAAUUCGGCUCAAUCGGAAAGAAAUUGUAUUCUGAUUGAGAGGGGCGGUUUAUGCCGAUCAUUAUUCUGAAAUGCGUCCACUCCAUGUAAACACUUAUUCUGAUUGUGACUCUCUUACCUGACUCGAUCUUCAGUCUUUAGACUUUGGUUUAUUUAUUGAGGUCAGUACAGGAGGUUUCAUUAUUAACACUGUGGCAUAAAACCCAACCACAGGUACCGUGUCUGCUCCUCCGAUAACAUAACAAGGCGUACAUACAGGGUAAUGAUGUCACAUCUGCACGCACAGUGCAACCUUUGACAGAACAGUAAAAUGAGUACGCAAUGGCGCCAUCUCGUGACAACAUUCAACAGGAGGAAAACUCCUGAAUUGGAGUGAGCCACUUUUGCGUUCGUUGGUUUGUUGACAGCACAGGCGUAAAUACAACUCUUCUUCUGCAGUUGUUUUAGUGAAAUUAGACAAAUCUGUGCCUCUAAUCUGAAUAAAGCUUGGUGCAUGUAUACGCACAUCACGAUCGGAUUAUUUGAUUUUGCACCCAUAUAAACAGUGGAUUCAGAUUAUCCGAUCCCUCAAAUAUUUAAUCGGAUCAAGAAAUUUUGCCCAUGUAAACAUAGCUAGUGAUGCUAAUCUUUCAUCUCUUCCCUACAGGUGUCCUCCCAUGUAUCCCAGCCACCUACAGUACCUCCAGUGCAAGGGGGUAAGAUAAUCCUGUCUGUUGUCAAUACAGAAGGCCCAGAGAGGAAAUGUUGCUGUUCUGCACUUGGUUCAGGGUAAACAGGUGCAAUGCUGUCGAAAAAAGAGGGGACUGAUGCAACAAGUGGAAAUCUAAAGAAAAAUGAAUCAAAAAUCAAUUUGGGCCUUAAAUUGUUUCCUUGUGUAGGUCAGGGGUCAAAACAAUCAACAUCUUACUUCCACAGCCAAUAGUACACUGAUUCCUCUUCUGUUUGUCUUCCAGUAAAGAGCCAGUCCAUCAUCAAUGUUGGUCGUUUCAAGGUGACUCCCUCUGCUGUUCAACAUCAGGAGUCCCGCCCCCUACACCAGGCCACACCCACAGCCCACUCCCCACCUCCCUUUAGACCAGACCAAAAAGAGAGCUCAGAGAGCAGCACGGAGGACGAGAGUGAAUCGGGGAGCUCACUCAGCACAGUAACAGCUCCUCCACCUGGACACCUGUUUCAUCUCACACACCCCAGAGAGCAGCAGAGAGAAGAGGGGGAAGAAGAGAGGAGGAAGAGAGGGGGACAGAGGCUGAGUGUCAGCCUAGGGGAGGGAACAGCCGGCAGCAGCUUCAGCCAAACAUGGAGUCGUUCAGCGUCUUACAUCAGCUCUGACGACUCAGACAGUGAGAACGAGGAAAUAUGGGAGGAGCUGCAGCAGCUGCGUGAAAGGUGACUGAUUGAUCUGAGUUCUUCUUACAAUCUUCAGAACAAAUCAGACCAACCUUGAAUAGUUUAUGUCACCUGUUUUCUCAAAUCAUAGACACCUGGCUGAAGUGAACAACCUGCAGGCCACUCAGAAGAGAGAGAUUGAGGACUUAUACUCAAAGAUGGGUAAAGUCCCACCCCCUGGUAUCGUACCUCCAGCCGCCAUGUUGAACCAUCGUCAACGCCGCCUCUCCAAGACUGGAAACUACCCUUCCUCACGCAAAAACAGCCUGCAGAGGCUGGACGUGCCGCACCCUGCAGGUGAGAGGACACACAAUGAAAUACAUCCCCAUAGUAAAAUUGAAUGCUUUUAAUUAUAAAGUCAUUAAAAUUUUUAUCUAAUUCAACUUGGCCCAGGUAUUAUAAGGAAGACCUCGGUCGGUAGCAGCAGCAGUGGAUCUCAGGAGAGAGUGGGGAAAGGUGUGACCUUUGCCCCAGGGCACAGUUUAAUGGUAAGCCCACCAGGUUUCCACUGAAUAGCCAAACUGUGAUCUAAGAGAUGCUUAUUUAUUUCUCAUUUUCAUAAAGAUUAAUAUAAGUGACCGAGAGAAUCUAGAGCUCCAGGCAGAAAGCAAAGUAUUCCAAUAAUAAGACCUUUAUUAGAUAAAAAAACAGCUCCAUUGAAAUAGAAGUCACCUGACAAUAAAGUGCAGUAAAAGAGGAUGACAGGAGUCUAGUAUCAACCAUCUAAAAUAAGCACUGACAGCUGAAGAAGUUGGGUUGAUGUUUUGUUUUGGAAGCUUUGGAAAGUGCCCAACAGUGACUGAUCAGUAAUGCCUACUAUGAGGCGCAUGUCCCUCCUAACUGAAGAUAGCACUAUGCCUGUUGGCAAACAUUGCUAACUAACUAACUCCUGGCCAAUAGUCAUAGAAAUGGAAAUGGAAAAAAAUAGAUUUUUUUUCUUGCACAAAUAGUCCAAAACAUUUUGAGGUCACAGCAAUUCAAUUUCAGGGGGGUCACGUGACCAAAACUAUUACAAUUUUGAGCCCUGGUUUGGGGGGAUUUAGAGAUUACUUGUUGGCUAAAUAUCAGUGAGACUAGUCAGAAAUUAUGUAAACUUUUAGGAAAACGUGACUUUUUCCCUUUUCCUUGCAGUGAGACAGAGAAGAGCCGCAGACUGAAAACAUGAAGACGACCAUUUGAGAACCCUGAUGGUGAAGAAGAGCCGACAUUGAACACAUUUGUCACUUUAUCAGACCUGCGGAUGUAUAUUUAAAUCAUAUUUUUAUGAGUUUAUAAACCUUUUUUAUUCCUUUUUUUUUGUGGUUACAGUGGACAGUGUAUUUUAAAGGGUUAUUUCAGUAUUUUUAAGACGGACUGUCUGAAUUGCGUGUCAAGAGUAAGCCUUGAUAGAUGCUAGUCGGUGCCAAAGCCAAAUUAAAUGAUGAGCAAUUCUGGCAGCAGUGAUGGUAUCCUGCUUGUUGUGGACACACAUCUUUAUGGGCCCAGAGUUAACAGUGAAGAAUGGGAUCCACUUCAUCAUAUCUAGCAUGCAAUGUGGCCAGUACACUAAGUGGUGACACAAACUCACAGAAACCAAUUUUAAAAAUACCAAAAUGACCCUUUAAUGAAUGUAAAUGCACAAAGUUUGCAUCAGAACUUCUUUGCCAGAUGUUUUAAAACAUCCAGGAAUAGUUGCGAUGCACCUUGAUACACAACAGAGGAGAGGAAACCAGAACAUAUAGAAAUGAAUGAUUACAUUGAAUACUCACUAUACCAUUUCUGUAAAUACUUAUAAUGAUGUGGACAUCUGAUUGAUAUGAUUUCAGACAUGUUCUGAUGUGUGUUUUUAUUUGUAUUCCUGUUUGAAGCCAAUAUGUAAAAAAGACUUUUAUUUUCAGCACUUUAUGAAGAACAUAUCUAACCUUAAGAAACCUCAAAAAUAGUUUUUAACAAUAAGAAAGUCAUUUAUAGAGUGUGUAUUUCUCUAGUUGCUGAAGAUUUGAAACGCACUUUUGAUCAAAUGUAAUGAAAUUUUCUCUUUCACCUUUUAUGACCAGUUCAUUUUAAAGUGUUUUCACUGUCAUUUGUAACUCAGGAGGGUUUAAGACCAACUUGCUGCUCAGUAGUCUGUUCUUUCUGGUAUGAGAGUUUUUAUGACUGAAAAAUAUGCAGAUCUACAAAACAAUAAUACCUUAUAUUAAAUCCUCAGAUUUGGCGUAAAUCGAGAUUUUGUAAACAAGAUUAAGAACAUUUCUGUUUUGAAUAUUCAUAUAAUGUAUAGCUUUGCUUUCUGGCUUGUGAUCUAUCAAUUGUGGAGAUUUGAAAACGUUUUACAUUGUUGUUCAGUUAUAUGUAUAGGAUAGAUAGAUAGAUAGAUAGAUAGAUAGAUAGAUAGAUAGAUAGAUAGAUAGAUAGAUAGAUAGAUAGAUAGAUAGAUAGAUAGAUAGAUAGAUAACAUUUGAUAUUAGAUAUGAUACAUGCUUUUUGAGGAAAUGUGAGUUUUAUUAACAUAUCUGACUUACAGUCCGUUUAUUAUUUCACGUGUGCCUUAUUGAAAAGAUAAUCCAGAAAUUCAGUCAUUCCAAUUGUGUCACUGAUAGACAGAAACUUGCAGCAUAUUGAACCAUUUGCUACCUUUUGUGUUGGAUUUUCAGUUUUUUCUAUCUAAUAAAUAUACCUCAAAUAUUUGAUCAAUUUAAA